AUGCACUAUGCAAUAAGGACUAUCGAAGACCCUAGCUCUGUGGUUUCCGGAGAAAAGAUAGAAUAUGAAAAGAAGUCAUGCAUUGCCGUAUCCAAGGGAACAGCCGUCGAAGUAUAUAAUCUAGACAUGAGACUUGUGGAUGUCAUAUACCCCAAUGGAUAUGUAACGCUCGUUGUUCCUGUGACAUUUAGAAACUCCAAGAGGUUCCUAAUGGUCAGUAAGGAGGGAAAGUAUGUCAUCAUGGAUGGAAGACGGCCCAUUGUGAGUGGAAAGAUGGCAACUCCGUCAACCUAUACUAGGUGCAUCAGAACCUUGAAAAAUCUUAUAUUUAUUGCAGAGAGUGGUAUUGUCAGUGUGGCUGCUCUGAGCUAUGAUGGGCUAAUCUUUGGGGACGAUGCAAAUGACUUUGGAUACUACAAGAUUCUUGAUUGCUUUUCCGGCAAAAACGACGUUGGUUUCCUGCUGGAAGACAUCUCUGGAGACAUCUUUUACUCGAGGUAUCUAAUGGCUUCUAGUAAGCCCAGAAUGAUUCUGAAGGAAAAGGCUCUUCUUAGAAAAGGUCUUGUGUCUGCAAGGCCUAUGGGCGAUGGAUUGCUUCUUAUAGGGGGAGGGAAAGCUUACUAUUAUGUAAGAGAUAAGUUUAUGCUUGAAAGUGAAUUUGCAAAUCCUGGAAUCAAGAAUAGUAUAGUGGCAGAGGGAAGCGUUUUGCUUUCUAUGGAAGACGGAGAGGUCAUACGCAUUUCUUUGGAAAAGAGAAUGUCGUUUGGAAGUAGAACCUAUAGUUGUGAAAGCAUGGUCAGUGAAGAGCCAUUUAUCAAGGUUGAGGUUCUAGGUAACCUUAGAACUUGGUUCAGUGUAUUGCUUCGCCUUGGAGGGGAGCUUUAUUAUGGAGGAUCGUGCUCUGGACAUUCUUACCAUCUGAAAAUAGGAAAAGAAAUGAAGAUUCUGAAAAUGUUUGCAAGCAGUCCUUACCCAGCAUGCUUGACAUAUCUUGGAGCUUCCUUUAGAUAUAUCACGAAGAAUGCGAUUAAGAGGAUUACAUAUGCGGUUGAUCUCGCUGCAGAGUCAAGAUAUAGCCUCUCUAAGGUUAUUCAAAGGUUUGGGAUGGUAGAUGACACUCUGAUUGUAUCAUAUCCAAAUGAAGGAAAAAUACUCGGAGACUCUAUGGGUGGUGAAAAAUGUUUCAGCGAGAUCCUGAAUAUACAUAUCGAUGAUUAUUGCUGUUUCAACACCAAAACCCAUGUGUUUUGCUUGAAAGAGAAGAAUUUUAUAGGAUUAGAGAUAGGGGACAUUGUCUUAUCUUCAUUCUAUCAAGAUCUAUGUGCUAUAUUCACUGGAGACAGGCUUCUUAAGGUAAUAUGCCUUGAGACGAUGGAAUGCAUUAGGUCUGUGGAAUGCCCCUAUGAGGUCAGCCUUCUUCACUUCAACAGCUGUCUGUUUAUAUCUACAUAUUAUGAUGAGUUUAUCAUUAUGGACAAGCUCCUUCGAGUUAUACACAAAAGAAAGCAAAAGGUCCUCAAGUCUGCAUCGGUUGUGAACGGCAGGCUUUUCUUCAGUGACAUGUGCGGAGUAGGAUAUGAAGCUGUAUGCAAAAAAGAAUCUAAAGCAAGCUCAGAUGGCAUCUCAUCGAUAUUGGAAAGGCUUGAGGAAGAAAGCGAAUGGGAGCUUCUAGACAUCAAGCCCUCAUUUUUUUCAGGUUGUAUGAUUGAAAUUAUGGUUCCUGUGGGGAGACAUAUAAUGGGAAUAGGGAGAUCCACUAUAUUUGUGGAUCCCCAGGACUUUUCAUGCUAUAGAUGUUCUCUGGAGGGAAUCUCCUAUGCCCAGGUCACAGAUCAGUUGUAUGUUUCUGUAGGGAAAUCUAUCUAUAAAUGUCACCUAGGAUCCAUUCCUAGGGUAAAGAUCUCCACCGAGAACAGAUUACAGGGGACAAAUCCUGGAGACAUGUGUUCUAUGAAGUUUUCCAUUACAAGACAUGGAAAGGAGAUCACCGGAAUGGUGAACCCUAUUCUCAGGAUUGAUGAAGAUGCAACCGUUAACUCAUAUCUUACACUGAAAGCAAGGAGACAUGCAUACAACUUCUUUCUCCAGGACGAAAUAAUAAUGGAUGGAAGGUUUCUAACAAAACAUUACUUUGCUGUUGUAAGUAACCUUCCUAAAGAAGGCAAAUUUUCAAAGCUUGCCAUGUUCUCCACAAAAGACAACACUAUCAAGCUUAUCCAUGAAAGUAUAGAUGAGGGUAUUGUGUAUGCACUUGAUACCAAUGAGGAUUAUUUGGUAACACAUAGAGAUCAUACCAUACAUAUAUAUAAGAGGCAAGCCCAAAUUCUUGUGGAGCUAUGUGCAAUGAAGAUAGAUUUUGUCCCGUAUAGAAUAGUAAUGGAUAGAGAUAGGAUUGCUUGCUCAUGUGUUUAUAGAUCUUUUGGAGUCUUCACAUUUAACCAAGAAACCAACCAUUUGUCUUUGGACUUUCUUUCCACUAGUAAGGAGCAAGUGGAGUCUAUGGUAUUUGGCCUAGGGAGUCUUAUAAUUGCAACUACAGAUGGGAAGAUUCUGUUUUUGGAUGAGAACUAUAAGGCAGAGGCCUUCCUCCUUGGAGAUAGAAUAACAAGUAUGUGCCCAGGCACUCUAUCACUCUGUCGAUCUGAUUCUAUUUAUUUCAUAACAAGAAACGGUGGGGUAGGAAUACUAACACCCAUUGACCUUAAUAAGAAGGAUCUUGAGGCUUUGAUAGAACUAGAAAGAUAUGCCAACGAACUGGCACCAUUCUAUCGAGAUAAGACAUCUAAGGUCAUAAAUAUCAGUGUGAUAAAUAAUAUGAAAAGUAGUGAUUUGGAAGAUUUUAUUUCCACUAGAAAGUAUGAUAGGAACAGACUAAUCACUGUGCUGGGUGAAGUCAACUCCUUAUAUUAG